AGCUCUAAGAUCACGGGGAGGGUUGCCAACUCGUUCAAACUUUUCUUCGCAAAAACUGUGAUGUUUCUUCUCGACAUUUGCGGAAUUUCGUAAAUCUGGUGUAAAGGGAAGAUGUCUAUCCAAGAGGACAAACUUUCGGCACGGGCGUACGAGAGUUUUGGCGAAACGCCGGCGAAUGUUUCGACAGGGUCGACCGAGAGUCAAACAGGCGAUGCCGGCAUGGAAGAUAACAGCGUCAUCGUUCUUAAGUCCUGCCCGCAGAUCCAGGCCAGUAGACGAGAACGAGGCACGCCGGCAGCCGGAGCGGUGUUCAUCGUGGUAAACGCGUGUCUGGGCGCCGGGCUGCUGAACUUUCCCGCGGCGUUCCAGGGUGCGGGGGGUAACGCUGUUGGAGUGUCCAUGGAGGUGAUAUUUCUUGUAUUUGGAGCGGUGGCAGCGCUGAUCAUGGCGUACUGUUCAGACCUGUGCCGUGUGAGUACGUACCAGGACGUGGUACAGACGGUCUGCGGACGCAAUGCUGGUAUCCUGUGUGACCUCGCCAUCAUCCUCUACACGUUCGGAACCUGCAUCACUUUCAUCAUCAUCGUGGGCGACCAGGUAGACAAAGUGAUGCAGUGGGCAGCAGGACCAGACUUCUGUUACCACUUCUACAUGAACAGGAAGUUCACCAUGAGUGUGAUCUCCAUCCUCAUCAUCCUGCCGCUCUGCAUCCCGAAGGACAUCGGCUUCCAGAAAUACGCCAGUUUUUUAGGUGUUGCGAGUAUCCUGUAUGUUACUGUGAUCGUGUCUGUGAAAUACUACACCGGAGGAUAUCCACCAGCUGACAUUGCUACCAGCCCAAAGAUGUUCACAGAUGUGUUUAUAGCAGUCCCCACAGUUUGUUUUGGCUUCCAGUACCACAUCAGUGCAGUUCCAGUCUAUGCCAGCAUGAGAAAAAGAACCCUGGGCAGUCUGGCUAAGGUCAUGUUUUUUGCCAUGGUGAUCACAAUGUUGGUCUACACAGCCACAGGUGUGUAUGGAGGACUAACGUUUGGUCGCAGUGUUACGAGUGACGUGCUGUUGUCGUAUCAUGCCAACGAUGUCUCCGUCACGAUUGGUCGAGCAGCCCUCACGCUAGACAUCCUCACAUCCUAUCCCAUCCUGCACUUCUGCGGGAGAACGGUACUUGACGGGUUCUACGUAAGAUGGCGGCGGUUGUCACCAGAGGACAACCUGCGACAAGAGUUUGUGCGGCGCGUUGUACAGACCAUGGCGUGGUUCUGGCUGUCCCUGUUUUUCGCCAUCAUGAUCCCCAACAUCGGGCUGGUCAUAUCUGUCAUCGGGGGGCUGGCAGCUGUCUUCAUCAUGGUCUUCCCUGGUUACUGUCUGGUCCAGGCUGUACUAAUGCAGCAGCCGUCAGACAAUGUGCACAAGGACCGUGCCCUGCUGGUGCUGGGGGUUCUGUAUGUGUUCCUGGGUACGUUUAUACUGGGAGAGAACACGGCACUGGCCAUCAUAGACGACAUGAACGGGAAAAACUCUCUACAACAAAUCUGUACUGUUCCUUGACAGAAAUAUUAUGACACUGUUAGCGUACUUAAUGUCCUAAAUAAUUAUGUUACGUAUGAUGUUGAUUGAGAUGUCAUCCAGGUAUGUAAUAUUUGUUCAUGUCUACUAGGAAAACUAGACUUACUCUAUGAUGUUUCAAAAUGGUCCACCGUAAUUCUUCAGGGUCACCGAUAUGCAAAUUUUCCUGAUAUGUGAAUGCCUUUGUUUCCUUCUUCGGAUGAAGUGUUACAAUUUUUCAGAUAAAGCAUAAUCCUUUUGAGAAAGCUUUGCCACAGCUAAUAGAAUGUUACUUUCCGGGAAAUGUGCAUAUCACUGACACGGGAAAUACAGUGUAUGUUGUUAGAAACAUCAGAGAGUUUGCUCUGGUUUUUAUCCAUAGAGGGAACUCGUGAGUAAACAGAAGAUGUAAUGUAAUGUUGUCACAAUGGUGUUGUAAAUACUUCUCUGUGAUGUUGACAUUAUGGAUAAAACUAAAAUCUAGUCUUCUAAAAUAGUGCUAAAUCUAAGAAAAUAUACAGAAGAAUGAUAAAAAACACAAAACCGCAACAAAAGAUUAUUUCAUCUUUACACAGUAAAUAUACCCACCCUUGCAAGCUGCUAUUGCUGCUUACCCCCUGAACUUUCCCAUCAUGCAAUACAAGUGUAACUGUUAUGUACUGAUGUCAUCAGGGCAGCGGCUUUAAUGUAUUUACAAUAUUUUCGUCAAACAUGAGUAAUGUUAUUCAAUGCUGCCAUGCAAUAGAAAGAUGCCACAUACAAUGCCAAACAGACCCAACAAUAUAUUGGAGAUCAGCAAUCAAGAAUAGAAAAAAAAUAGUUAAAGAUAUCU